AUGGGCACCCGCGACGACGAGUACGACUACCUCUUCAAAGACCUGAAGGCCCAGUUCCUGAACAGGAAAGGUUGCGCGCUGCACAAAUACGAGCUUGCUUAUCACUACGGGCUGGUUGCUUCCUGCUGCAACAUUGGGAGGAUCCAACAGGAAGGGAAGAGCUCUGGUUGGCCACAAACCUUUCCCAGACGAUACUAUCGUGGAGCUGUAGGUGCCUUACUGGUCUAUGACAUUGCUAAGCAUCUCACAUAUGAAAAUGUGGAGCGAUGGCUGAAAGAACUGAGAGAUCACGCUGAUAGUAACAUUGUCAUUAUGCUUGUGGGCAAUAAGAGUGAUCUACGUCAUCUCAGGGCAGUUCCAACAGAUGAAGCAAGAGCUUUUGCCGAAAAGAAUGGUUUAUCAUUCAUUGAGACAUCUGCUCUAGACUCUACAAAUGUAGAAGCUGCUUUUCAGACAAUUCUAACAGAGAUAUACCGCAUUGUUUCUCAGAAGCAAAUGUCAGACAGACGUGAAAAUGACAUGUCUCCAAGCAACAACGUGGUUCCUAUUCAUGUCCCACCAACCACUGAAAAUAAGCCAAAGGUGCAAUGCUGUCAGAACAUCUAAGGCGAUCCUCUGCUCCCCUAGAAGGCUGUGUAUAGUCCAUUUCCCAGGUCUGAGAUUUAAAUAUAUUUGUAAUUCUUGUGGUCACUUUUGUGUUCUUACUUACUUCCUCAUACUUAUAGAUUUCUCCAUGUCUUACGUCUCUUGAUUUUAGCUUUAUAAAAUCAUCCACUUUGUCCCGAAUGACUGCAGCUGUUUUUCAUGCUAUGGCUUCAGUAGCCUUAGUUUAAUAAACUGAAUGUUUGAAUUCCUCAAUUAUUGUUUACUUUUCAUCAUGGAAGCCUGUCUCUGUAGAACAUAAUAGAACUUGAAGCUUAGACCCACUGGUCUUGAUGAAAUCAAAGAAGAUCUUAGAAACAAGUUAUUAUUUUGCCACAAAGCAGCUUAUGAGUAAUACACUUUUCUCAGUGCAGUGUAUAUUUUGACAAAUACAAGAAUUGCCCUAUAAACAUAACAGGAUUUUGAGAGCUUGAAAAUUUUCCAUUAGUCUAGAAGUCACUUUCUAAAAUGCCUUAAUAAGUUUAUGUAGUAAAUUUUGGUUUUUAAUUCUUGUAAGCAUCAAAGCCGAUUAAAGAGUGGGCUUUUUUUUUUUGUUUUUCUGAGCAAGAAUUACCUUAAACACAAAGUCUGUUGUGGUUAUGAUAGGGGUAUGGUUAUGGGACCCAAAAUCAAACAAUGCUGCCUAGCAGGCUGGGAACUGGAGAGACUGGUGGAAAUUGCAUCUGAGGUGACUGCUGCAGUGCUCAAGCAGCCCAAGUAAUUUAUCUGAGUUCACUUCCCAGCAGUAGAUUAUGUGGCAUUUUAUUGCUCAUACAAUAACUGGCUUAAUGCUGGUAAUAUCAAAUUUUGAGAUGUUAAUUUUCUUUUAAAACCUUUCCAGUAUGUGAAAUGCAACCUACUUUUAUCACUAUAUCCACCAGCAAGCAUGGAUAGUUAUUUUAACAAUGCUAAUAUUUGAGGUUUGCAGUGUACUGUGGGAUACAGUCCAGUUAGAUCUUUGGUUUUAGUAUGUCUAAAGAAUCCAGUGAGAGGUUAAUUUAUGCUUAAGUGGUACCACUUAAAGGCAUGUAUUCUUUUAGUAUGUAAAAUGAAAUAGUACUUUGAGUUUAAGUAGAAUGCACUUAGGCAUUAUAGAGGCCUGGAAUAAUUUUUUUCCACUACAUAAUUGCAAUCAAUGGAGUAACUAGUUUCUCAUUCAGAAGUAUGCACACUAACAUUUAGUUUUACUUCCUUAUGGAUAGUAUUAAGCACUUAAUCUGCAGUUUUCUAUAAGUUGUCACCUGUAGGGAUACUAUUCAGGAUGAUGGGAUAUCCAAGGAAAAAAUAUAUACAUGUAGGCUUGCGUAGAUUGCUGCAUUUCCUAAUUAAUCUCCUGUCUUUUGCGGUGCUCAUGAUGUGUAGGGCACACGGAAGGCAUUGCUAUAGUCAGUCAUUCCGGCUUUCUUUUGUAGUCCUUUUAUUAUUUUAGUGUAUUGGUUAUAAAGAUACUAUUGUCUGUUUGUAAAUUGCCACUUUGUAUUUUAUGCAUGCUCUGUAACUUAAUUUUUUUAGUUAUUAAUUUGGAAUAUAUUCUCAUCUAAUAAACAGUUAUAGGGGGACUGAC